AUGGUGGCUGUGAAGAAAUGGAUUAAGGAUGGAAGAUUUGCGCUUGCAAUGCUAAUCGUGCAACUUAUCAGUGGCGUACUACAAAUUCUGGCUAGAGUAAUAUUCAGUCAAGGAGCCUUUGUUUAUGCUUACUUGUUUUAUCGACAUGUUGUAGGUGCAAUUUGUACUGCUCCUCCUGCCCUCUACCGCGAAAGAGAUGGUGGAAAGAAGUUGAGUUGGCGCAUUUUCUUCUGGCUCUUCGUGGAUGGAUUAACCGGGAUGACCAUUGCGUUGGGACUUUUUUGUUACGGCCUAGCAGACACCACUGCGACGUAUGCAACAAACUUCCUUACCCUCAUUCCUGUGGUCACCUUUCUCUUGUCCGUAAUUCUAAGAGUGGAAAAAUUGCAGCUACAUACCAUAGUUGGCAAGAUGAAGACUUUGAGUGCAAUACUGUGUCUUGUUGGCGCACUGGUUAUUGCUUUGUAUAAAGGGAAAGCCUUCCACAUCAUCCACAGCAGUAGGGAGCAACAUAUCGUAAUGGAAAAGGUCAAGCCUCAUAACUGGACUCGUGGAACCAUAUUUCUAAUUGGCAGCUGCUUAUCUAAUGCUUUAUGGUUCAUAUCACAGGGAGUUUUGGCUACGGCUUUAUCUUUUUGCGUGAUUUCUUGGGCUGUAGCAGAACGAGGGCCUACUUAUCCCGCGAUGUUCACUCCACUGCGUCUGCUUUCUGUGACAAUUGGAGAAGUUGUCUUCCUCAACGAAGCAUUGAGUGUUGGAGGCUUACUUGGUAUGUGUUUUAUGAUCGUUGGUAUAUAUUCUUUCCUAUUGGCAAAGAAUAAGGAGAUGAAAAUCAAGACAACAAAUGCUGGAUCAGAAAGUCAAUCUGUAGAGCCUACACUUGAAUCAAUAUAG